AUGGAGUUCCCUGUUGACGGCCUGGUCAGCGUGAGCCAAGAGAACCUGGAGAGAUCAGCCCAGGACUACAUGAACAGCCUCCUCCACAGCACCCCUGACUCACCCCAACACCUCACCCUCGCAAACAACACACAGGUAAAUAAAUCCUCACUCUUCCACACUCUACAUAGGUAAAUAAACCCUCACUCUGCCACAUUCUACACAGGUAAAUACACCCUCACUCUGCCUCACUCUACACAGGUAAAAUAAAUAAUAACCCUGCCAUACUCUACAUAGGUAAAUAAAACCUGACUCUGCCACAUUCUACACAGGUAAAUAAGCCCUCACUCUGCCACACUGUACACAGGUAAAAAAAAUAAAAAUAAAAAAAAUGGUCUGAUUAAACAAAAUUUGAACUGUUUGGCCAUAAUGACCAUCGUUAUGUUUGGAGGAAAAAGGGGGACGUUUGCAAGCUGAAGAACACCACCCCAACCGUAAAGCAUGGGGGUGGCAGCAUCAUGCUGUGGGGGUGCUUUGCUGAAGGAGGGACUGGUGCACUUCACAAAAUAGAUGGCAUCAUGAGGAAGGAAAAUGAUGUGGAUAUAUUGAAGCAACAUCUCAAGACAUCAGUCAGGAAGUUAAAGCUUGGUCGCAAAUGGGUCUUCCAAAUGGACAAUGACCCCAAGCAUACUUCCAAAGUUGUGGCAAAAUGGCUUAAGGACAACAAAGUCAAGGUAUUGGAGUGGCCAUCACAAAGCCCUGACCUCAAUCCUAUAGAAAAUGUAUGUGCAGAACUGAAAAAGCGUGUGCGAGCAAGGAGGUCUAUAAACCUGACUCAGUUACACCAUCUCUGUCAGGAGGAAUGGGCCAAAAUUCACCCAACUUAUUGUGGGAAGCUUGUGGAAGGCUACCCGAAACGUUUGACCCAAGUUAAACAAUUUAAAGGCAAUGCUACCAAAUACUAAUUGAGUGUAUGUAAACUUCUGACCCACUGGGAAUGUGAUGAAAGAAAUAAAAGCUGAAAUAAAAAAUUCUCUCUACUAUUAUUCUGACAUUUCACAUUCUUAAAAUAAAGUGGUGAUCCUAACUGACCUAAGACAGGGAAUUUGUACUAGGAUUAAAUGUCAGGAAUUGUGAAAAACUGAGUUUAAAUGUUUUUGGCUAAGGUAUAUGUAAACUUCCGACUUCAACUGUAAAUAAACCCUCACUCUGCACAGGUAAAUAAACCCUGUCUCUGCCACAUUCUACACAGGUAAAUAAACCCUCACUCUGCCACACUCCACACAGGUAAUUAAACCCUCAUUCUGCCACACUCUACACAGGUAAAUACAUCCUCACUCUGCCACACUCUACACAGGUAAAUAAAACCUCACUCUACACAGGUAAAUAAACCCUCACUCUGCCAUACUCCACACAGGUAAAUAAACCCUCACUCUGCUACGCCCUACACAGGUAAAUAAACACUCACCCUGUCACACUCUACACAGGUAAAUAAACCCUAACUCUUCCACACUCUACACAGGUAAAUAAACCCUCACUGCCACACUCUACACAGGUAAAUAAACCCUCACUCUGCCAAACUGUACACAGGUAAAUACAUCCUCACUCUGCCUCACUCUACACAGCUAAAUAAACCCUCACUCUACACAAGUAAAUAACCCUGACUCUGCCACAUUCUACACUGUUAAAAACACCCUCACUUUGCCACACUCUACACAGGUAAAACAAAUAAUCAUGCAGACACACUCUACACAGGUAAAUAAACCCUCACUCUGCCAUACUCUACACAGGUAAAUAAACCCUCACUCUGCCACACUCUACACAGGUUAAUAAACCUUAAAUCUGCCACACUCUACACAGGUAAAUAAAUCCUCACUUUACACAGGUAAAUAAACCCUGACUCUGCCACACUGUACACAGGUUUAAAAAUAAACUCACUCUGCAACAUUCUACACAGGUAAAUAAACCCUCACUCUGCCACAGUCUACACAGGUAAAUAAACCCUCACUCUGUCACACUCUACACAGGUAAAGAAAACAUCACUCUGUCAAACUCUACACAGGUAAAUAAAUCCUCACUUUACACAGGUAAAUAAACCCUGACUCUGCCACACUGUACACAGGUUUAAAAAUAAACUCACUCUGCAACAUUCUACACAGGUAAAUAAACCCUCACUCUGCCACAGUCUACACAGGUAAAUAAACCCUCACUCUGUCACACUCUACACAGGUAAAGAAAACAUCACUCUGUCAAACUCUACACAGGUAAAUAAACCCUCACUCUGACACACUCUAAACAGGUAAAUAAAUCCUCACUCUACACAGGUAAAUAAAGCCUCACUCUGCCACACUCUACACAGUUAAAUUAACCCUCACUCUGACACACUCUACACAGGAAAAUAAACUCACUCUGACACACUCUACACAGGUAAAUAAACCCUCACUCUGCCACACUCUACACAGGUAAAAAAAUCCUCACUCUACACAGGUAAAUAAACCCUCACUCUGCCACACUCUACACAGGUAAAUAAACCCUCAGUCUGCCACAGUCUACACAGGUAAAUAAACCCUCACUCUGCCACACUCUACACAGGUAAAUAUACCUUAACGCUACACAGGUAAAUAGACCCUGUCUCUGCCACAUUUUACAAAAGUAAAUAGACCUUUACUCUGCCACACUCCACACAGGUAAAUAAAUCCUCACCCUGCCACACUCUACACAGGUAAAUAAACCCUCAAUCUACACAGGUAAAUAACCCGGACUCUGCCACAUUCUACACAGGUAAAUACACCCUCACUCUGCCACACUCUACACAGGUAAAUAAACCCUCACUCUGUCACACUCUACACAGGUAAAUAAACCCUCACUCUUCCACACUCUACACAGGUAAAUAAACCCUCACUCUGCACAGGUAAAUAAACCCUGUCUCUGCCACAUUCUACACAGGUAAAUAAACCCUCACUCUGCCACAAUCUACACAGGUAAAUAAACCCUCACUCUGCCACACUCUGCACAGGUAAAUAAACCCUCACUCUGACACACUCUACACAGGUAAAUAAACCCUUGCUCUGCCACACUCUACACAGGUAAAUAAAUCCUCACCCUGCCACACUCUACACAGGUAAAUAAACCCUCGCUCUGCCACACUCUACACAGGUAAAUAAAUCCUCACUCUGCCACACUCUACACAGGUAAAUAAAUCCUCACUCUUCCACACUCUACACAGGUAAAUAUACCCUUACGCUACACAGGUAAAUAAACCCUGUCUCUGCCACAUUUUACAAAGGUAAAUAGACCUUCACUCUGCCACACUCUACACAGGUAAAUAAACCCUCACUCUACACAGGUAAAUAACCCGGACUCUGCCACAUUCUACACAGGUCAAUUAACCCUCACUCUGCCACAUUUUACAAAGGUAAAUACAGUGAUCCCUCGCCACUUCGCGGUUCACUUAUCGCGGAUUCGCUAUUUCGCGGAUUUUCAUAAUGCAUUUUUUUUUUUUUGGUGCAUUGUGCUCUGCAUUCUGAUUCGCUAAAAACUCACUCCCGCUUCUUGUAUCAAAACAUGCUACGAAUUGUGCUAUCAUUUUGUCGUCUCGUGCAGUUAUGUGUACGUACAUAAAACAGCUUGGCAAAUUUACAUUAAGUUGGCCAAAUUAUCUUGUAAUUUCGAACAUCUCCUAAACCCAUAAUGUCGACGAAACGGCCUGGACCGACAAAAGCACCUGCGGAUGGGCCCAAACGGCGGAAGAUGCUACCUAUCUCAGAUAAAGUUAAACUUCUGGACAUGCUAAGGGAAGGUAAAAGCUAUGCAGCCGUUGCUCGCCAUUACGGAAUCAAUGAAUCUUCCGUUCGUUACAUAAAGAAGGAGGAAAAAAACAUAAGGACGACAGCAGCAGUCAAUUUUAAUACGAAUGCAAAAAGGGUUGUAACUGUCCGCAACAAGACCAUGGUACGGAUGGAGACGGCAUUAGCUCUGUGGAUUAAUGACUUCAGGAAAAAAAACAUAACCCUGGAUACAAACGUUAUCUGCACAAAAGCGAGAAUGCUGUAUGAAAACUUUGCUGUCAGUGACGGGGAAGAGGGAGAGGAUGCCGGGCCCUCAGCAAGUGCUGCUGACACAGUGGGAGAGGAUGCCAGGCCCCCAGCAAGUGCUGCUGACAAAGUGCCAAGCGCAUUUAAUGCAAGCAAGGGCUGGUUUGAAAAGUUUAAGAAACGCUUUGGACUUAAAAAUGUUUGUCUGCACGGUGAGAUGGCGUCUGCGGAUACCGCUGAGGCAGAAGCCUUCGUGAACAAUAAAUUCAAGGCGAUCAUUGAGGAGGGGGGAUAUAAGCCCCAACAAGUUUUUAACAUGGAUGAGACUGCCUUAUUUUGGAAACGAAUGCCCUCCCGCACCUUCAUCAUGCAGGAAGAAGCCAAAGCCCCAGGAUUUAAAGUUCACAAAGACCGUUUGACCCUGGCUAUGUGCGACGAUGAAAGAGAAGAGGGAGAAGAGGACACGAGAGAUGAGGAGGAAGGACUAACGCUUGGUCGCUUAGCAACCAUGGUGCGAAUGGCCACUGAACUUAAGCGAGUAGCUGAGGAAUGGGACCCUUUGAUGAGCCGUUCAUUACAGUUCUCCAACGUAAUCGAUGGUGGCAUGUCGGUGUACAAGGAUCUUUUUGCAAAGAAGAAAAAAGAGCGACAACAGCUGCCUAUCACUAUGUUCUUCUCCCGAACAAACACACCUGCACCGCGGGCUUCAGAAGAAGAGAACACUGCAGAGCGCAGUCAGGAUGCAGCGGCCCAGUCUGAAGAGCAGUGAAACGGCCUACACGUGAGUCACUGUAUUUGUAUACAUGUAAUAGUUGCUAAUUGUAAAAAAAAAAAGUUUUCUAUUUCGCGGAUUUCACUUAUCGCGGGUCAUUUUCGGAACGUAACCCCCGCGAUAAACGAGGGAUUACUGUACAUCCUCACCCUGCCACACUCUACACAGGUAAAUAAACCCUCACUCUACACAGGUAAAUAACCCGGACUCUGCCACAUUCUACACAGGUCAAUUAACCCUCACUCUGCCACAUUUUACAAAGGUAAAUACAUCCUCACCCUGCCACAUUCUACACAGGUAAAUUAACCCUCACUCUGCCACACUCUACACAGGUAAAUAAACCCUCACUCUGUCACACUCUACACAGGUAAAUACAUCCUCAUUCUUCCACACUCUGCACAGGAAAAUAAAACCUCACUCUACACAGGUAAAUAUACCCUCACUCUGCCACACUCCACAAAGGUAAAUACAUCUUCACUCUGCCAAACUACACAGGUAAAUAAACCUCACUCUACACAGGUAAAUAACCCUGACUCUGCCACAUUCUACACUGUUAAAUACACCCUCACUCUGCCACACUCUACACAGGUUUUUUUUUUUAUCAUGCAGCCACACUCUACACAGGUAAAUAAACCCUCACUCUGCCAUACUCUACACAGGUAAAUAAACCCUCACUCUGCUACGCUCUACACAGAUAAAUAAACCCUCACUCUCCCACACUCAACACAGGUAAUAAACUCUCACUCUGCCACACUCUACACAGGUAAAUAAACCAUCACCCUGCCACACUCUACACAGGUAAAAUAACUGUGAAGAGUUUGACACGUGUUAAAGUUAAAUCUAGCUAGCUAACAAUUCCACAGCCACAACAAAGUGAUGUGCUGUAGGUGAGAAGCUUGGAUCCAGUGCUGCACAACUUCUCCUCGUGGCUAUGUCGUCUUGAAACCAGGGGAAACCAGCUGCAGACAGUCAGGGGCAGGUGUUGCUCUGUGGUCUGGCAAAAAUAAUAUGAUAUAAUUCAUAUAAUUUGAAAUAAUCAGUCACAUUGAUGCUGUAAGCUAAUGGUUGAACUUUGACCUUGUUCUCCUGUCCUCUCCCAGGUGCCCAUUGGUCUUUCCAAUGUGGGUUUCGUUCCUCUAUAUGGUGCCAACAUGAGACAGAAAGUCCUUGCCCUGUUCUCCCAACAGGACCAGUUUACAGGUGACUGAGUGACUCACACUGUCUGAUGAGGACAAUGUUGAUGGUGUUGACACAAAAUGGAGACGGCUCCUGGGUAACUGGGCUAGUUUAGUUUGAACCAUGGUUUGUUCAAAUCUUCCCUCCUACCAAAGAAUUGUUGUAAUGCCCCAGUCUGUGUUUUGUGUCUUCAGGAACAACAUGCCUUAUAUAUACAGCCAGGUCCAAAAUUAUUGGCACCCUUGAUAAAUAAAUUGGAGCAAAAAUACUGAGCAAAAUAGCCCCAUAACAUCAAAGAUCCACCACCAUAUUUUACAGUAGGUAUGGAGUUAUUUUAUGCUUAUCACAUCCUACUGUCAACGCCAAAUCCACCACUGGUGUGGGUGGCAAAAGAGCUCUAUAUUCAUGUCAUCCAACAAAUGUAAACACCUGGGGUUUGCUAAAUGGCAUUGGCAAUUGGAUUGGAACCAGUGCUAUGGUCAGAUUACAUGAAAAUAGAGCUCUUUGGCCACGCACACCAGCGGUGGGUUUCACGUCAAAAGAAAGAUGCAUAUGCAGAAAAUAACCACAUACCUACUGUAAAAUAUGGUGGUGGAUCUUUGAUGUUAUGGAGAUAUUUUGCUUCCACUGGUCCUGGGGCCCUUGUUAAGGUGAAAGGCAUGAUGUACUUUUCCAGAAUAUUUUAGCCAAAAACCUGGGUGCCUCUGCCAGCAAGUGGAUCUUCCAGCAAGACAAUAACCCCAAGCAUACAUCAAAAUCCACAAAUAAAUUAUUAAUUGACCACAAAAUCUACAUUUGGCCAUCUCAGUCUCCGGACUUGAAAGCCAUUGAAAACCUAUGGUUUGAUUUGAAGAUGGCACAUCCAUAAGCGCAGACGAAGGAUAUCAAGGAUCUGGAAAGAUUCUGUAUGGAGGAAUGGUCUAAGAUCCCUCCCAAUGUGUUCUCCAAUCUCAUAAAACAUUUAAGAAAAAGGCUCCUUGCAAGGUGAGGUAUUGAAAGGUAUUGAAAACAGUGGUGGCAAUAAAACUGACCCUUAUCUUUUUAAGAGAAAAAAAAUUAACUUGUUAAACCAAAUCUAUUUUUCUGAGCAAUUGCGUUAGGACAAAAUAUUAUAAUUUUCUAUUAUUUAUUUUUUUGCAUAUAAUAUAGCUCAGUAUUUGUAUAAUUUAUUUUAACAGACUUUUUUGCUCAUCUUUAUCAAGGGUGCCAAUAAUUGUGGACCUGACUGUAUUUACCAAAUGUAAUAGUUAAGAAACUAUGUUAUAAUGUUUAAAAGAGGUUUAUAUAUAGUUGAUAUGUUGUAUUUAUCUACUGUUUUUGUGUAUUUCCUCUCAGCGGUGGGGCUGUACCUGUUGGAUCGAUGGUGGUCACUGGAGAACAUCUUAAAAACAGCCGACUCGACCAGAGAUGGAGCUGUGGAGGUAUGAUCAGUUGUCUCUCCUUUGAAAACAAAAUGACUGUUAUUUGUUGGAACUAGACCACAAUGGUUGUAUAGAGAUACAAAAUAGCACGUGCAUCAAUACUCACUAUUCGUUGUAAAAGUUAUUAUAUAGUUAUAACAAAAUUAAAUAGUUGGAAAAUAAAGACGCAACCGAAGAUAAGCGAAAGAUACAAUUUUGUGGGUUUAUUUGAUCAUAUCUUACUGGAGAAUAUGACAGUAUGUGUCAGUGAAUUAAAUGAGACACUUUAGCGGUGCUGACAUGGUUGUGUGUUUGUCUUCAGGUGGAGACCAUAGGGGAGCGGAUCGUUCUGUAUGUUUUGAACCGUGUGGUGUACAGAGCCAAGGAGAUUAGUUCUGGCGAACUACCUUUCCUCUGCCACGGAGAGAACGACUACGCCAAGAUCCUUUGGAAAGACGGACAGGCAGUCGGCUUCUACUCAGUCAAACCUGCAGGUAAGAAACAGCUUUUAUUGUUGUGAGUAACUAACCAUUAUCCACCUCCACUAAGUAGCACCUUUUUGGGUGAUGCAUGGCGGCCAUCUUAGGCUAGAAUCCUCAUCACAUAUGAGUUAUUGCGUGGUAGAGCUGAGGUUAUGUGCUUUAAGUGUUAGUUACGGUGCUGUUAAAUAAACUAUCGGUGACCAUUAAUAAUGAAUUAUUUAGAUACUGAAGAGCAUAUGUGUGCAUUGUAUAACACAGAUGGUGCUUAACUCACAAAGCCAAUUUUCACUUCUCAUAGAUGUUUCUAUGUAUGUACUGUAUGCAGGGAUGUAGUGUUGUCGUAGCCCGCAGGCGCGGUGCACCCUAAAUGUUUUCAAUUUGAGAAUACACGGAGCUGGUAAAAAUAUUUCAGGGAAAUGUAUUCUGAUAAAUUCUAAAUAAAUUAUAUUUAAUUACUACUCAAAUUCCAUGAAAACGAUAGAAUGACAUACUAAAUAAAUAUCUAGGCUAUAGCAGCCUAUAAGUAGGUUUCUAAAACAUCUGUCUUCAAAACAGUUUGUUAUGGACUUAGGGAUAAUGUAGACUAUGACGCACUUGAACUCACCCUACUGUCCGAGUGCUUAGCUUACAGAAACGUACCACCUCUACUGUGUAUGCAGACAAACUGAUCCACUGCAUGAACCUCAUCAUCACACCAAUGAGAUCUAGAAUCCAAAUUCACUGUGUCUGCCUUGAUGUUCAUAAAACUCCAUGGACCCCCUCUUGUGCAGUGGAACCCAGAACGAUAUGUGACCACUUGGUUACGGCGCUGUCCUUUCACCUCCACGAUUCAAAGGUCGCUCAAAUCACUUAAAAUAACCCUAAUCAAGAUCUGUUGCCUACGGCUAAUAGUCAUACUCAUCACUUAUUAUUAUUAUUAUUAUUAUAAAUAGAAGAUUAUCACUUCUCACAAUGGUGCUCGUUUAGUAAAGUUAGGUCAAAGCUGAAUCAAUAUUUUACAUUUUAGUCAUUUAGCAGACGCUCUUAUCCAGAGCGACUUACAUGAGCAAUUAGGGUUAAGUGCCUUGCUUAAGGGCACAUCGACAGAUUUUUCACCUAGUCGGCUCGGGGAUUAGAACCAGAGACCUUUCGGUUACUGGCACAACGCUCUUACCCACUAAGCUACCUGCCGUCCAAUAGCUCGCAAGAUCAAAUAAUGAUUCAUUAGUUGGCCUAUUUUCCAUAACAGAAGCACAUAUAAUAGUAGGCUACAGUAUAACAUGUUACACCAAAAAACACCUCCUCGGUCAUUUCUUAUCUGAAGCUGAAUAGUCCCCCAAAAAAUCCUCAUGUGGCCAAAACUCAAUAGCAUGAGCCACUAAGCAGGAUAUAGGCCUAAGUUUUGAUUGAAACUAACACCAUCUGCUUUAAUUUAUGCAUAGUCACUUUAACUCUACCCACAUGUACAUAUUACCUCAACUACCUCAACUAGCCGGUGCCCCCGCACAUUGACUCUGCAACGGUACCCCCCUGUAUAUAUACAGUGGGGAAAAAAGGUAUUUAGUCAGCCACCAAUUGUGCAAGUUCUCCCACUUAAAAAGAUGAGAGAGGCCUGUAAUUUUCAUCAUAGGUACACGUCAACUAUGACAGACAAAUUGAGAAAAAAAAAUCCAGAAAAUCCCAUUGUAGGAUUUUUAAUGAAUUUAUUUGCAAAUUAUGGUGGAAAAUAAGUAUUUGGUCACCUACAAACAAGCAAGAUUUCUGGCUCUCACAGACCUGUAACUUCUUCUUUAAGAGGCUCCUCUGUCCUCCACUCGUUACCUGUAUUAAUGGCACCUGUUUGAACUUGUUAUCAGUAUAAAAGACACCUGUCCACAACCUCAAACAGUCACACUCCAAACUCCACAAUGGCCAAGACCAAAGAGCUGUCAAAGGACACCAAAAACAAAAUUGUAGACCUGCACCAGGCUGGGAAGACUGAAUCUGCAAUAGGUAAGCAGCUUGGUUUGAAGAAAUUAACUGUGGGAGCAAUUAUUAGGAAAUGGAAGACAUACAAGACCACUGAUAAUCUCCCUCGAUCUGGGGCUCCACGCAAGAUCUCACCCCGUGGGGUCAAAAUGAUCACAAGAACGGUGAGCAAAAAUCCCAGAACCACACGGGGGGACCUAGUGAAUGACCUGCAGAGAGCUGGGACCAAAGUAACAAAGCCUACCAUCAGUAACACACUACGCCGCCAGGGACUCAAAUCCUGCAGUGCGAGACGUGUCCCCCUGCUUAAGCCAGUACAUGUCCAGGCCCGUCUGAAGUGCAUUUGGAUGAUCCAGAAGAGGAUUGGGAGAAUGUCAUAUGGUCAGAUGAAACCAAAAUAUAACUUUUUGGUAAAAACUCAACUCGUCAUGUUUGGAGGACAAAGAAUGCUGAGUUGCAUCCAAAGAACACCAUACCUACUGUGAAGCAUGGGGUUGGAAACAUCAUGCUUUGGGGCUGUUUUUCUGCAAAGGGACCAGGACGACUGAUCCGUGUAAAGGAAAGAAUGAAUGGGGCCAUGUAUCGUGAGAUUUUGAGUGAAACCCUCCUUCCAUCAGCAAGGGCAUUGAAGAUGAAACGUGGCUGGGUCUUUCAGCAUGACAAUGAUCCCAAACACACCGCCCGGGCAACGAAGGAGUGGCUUCGUAAGAAGCAUUUCAAGGUCCUGGAGUGGCCUACCCAGUCUCCAGAUCUCAACCCCAUAGAAAAUCUUUGGAGGGAGUUGAAAGUCUGUGUUGCCCAGCGACAGCCCCAAAACAUCACUGCUCUAGAGGAGAUCUGCAUGGAGGAAUGGGCCAAAAUACCAGCAACAGUGUGUGAAAACCUUUUGAAGACUUACAGAAAACGUUUGACCUGUGUCAUUGCCAACAAAGGGUAUAUAACAAAGUAUUGAGAAACUUUUGUUAUUGACCAAAUACUUAUUUUCCACCAUCAUAUGCCAAUAAAUUCAUUAAAAAUCCUACAAUGUGAUUUUCUGGAUUUUUUUUUCUCAUUUUGUCUGUCAUAGUUGACGUGUACCUAUGAUGAAAAUUACAGGCCUCUCUCAUCUUUUUAAGUGGGAGAACUUGCACAAUUGGUGGCUGACUAAAUACUUUUUUUCCCCACUGUAGCCUCCCUACUGUCACUUUAUUUUACUGUAUAUAUAGCCUCCCUACUGUCACUUUAUUUUACUUCUGCUCCUUUUUUCCUCAACACUUUUUUUGUUGUUGUUUUAUUCUUACUUUUUUUGUUUAAAAUAAAUGCACUGUUGGUUAAGGGCUGUAAGUAAGCAUUUCACUGUAAUGUCUGCACCUGUUGUAUUCGGCGCAUGUGACCAAUACAAUUUGAUUUGAUUUGAUUUAAUUAAGCUCACGAAACAGUAAUUCAAGAAGAUCUAAACGCAUAUUCCCAUGAAACUGAUUGAGAUCAAAUGAUUGGCAUGCAGUUAGGACAUUUUCACCAGGUAAAACGUAAAGAAUUAUCAUACACGAUUGACAUUGAUGGCCUAUUUUGAAAUUAAGAUAUGCCUAACUUGGUGUAUGAGGGUAUAAAAAAUAAAACAUUGUCUGCUGACAAUAUGUGUGGGUAUAGGAAGACGUUGCAAUUGGAGGAUGCAUUUUAUGCAUAGGCCUAUUCUACAAUGAUAUUCAAUAGGUCACAUCUGUCGGUACAAGCUUUGAUUGAGAAAUGACAUUUAAAAAAAAAAAUAUUUUAAAAAGUCUCACUCACCUAAAGAAAUACUGUAUGUAUGCUGUCAGUACUUCUAUACAUACUGUAUGUCUGGCUAUGUUGACAUCUCGUCUCCAUUUUGUUUUCCCUAUAGGCAGCUUGUGCAGUUCCUUCUUAACCCAACGCUAUCACAUUCCUGUCAUGGAUUCCAUAUUCGUCAGGAAGUGUCACCGUGGCAACGGUCUGGGUCUUCAGAUGCUGGAGAACUUUGUUGACAGUUUCAAAGAGGAAUGCCUUGGGUUGAGAUACCCCCUUUCAAAAGCUAUGUACAAAGGUAAUCAACCUUUUUUUACUAGUUGUUGGAUAUAGAAUGUUCACACAGAGUUCCCUAAGUUGCGGCCACCAGCCUACCAGUCCACUUUCCUAACAACUGCUCUGUAUUGUUCUCCAGUGUGUGGGAAGUAUCUGAGCCUGUACCCAGCCCACAGAGACCUACUGUGGGAGGUGGAGAGUAUUGGAGGACCCAGCCAGAGGACCAACAUAGCCAACAAGAUCCAUACCAUGGCCACGAGCAGUAUGUUUAUCACAGAUUUCAAAUGGAAGAUGUGA